UGGUUUGUUUCCACGACUCCAAAUUCCAGAAGAUCAUCUGUGAAAUCAACCACUACAUCAUUCUCGUUCGAAAAUGGCCGUGGUCGACCACACCGCUAAGCUUGCACGAUUCCUCUCUCAAUUGGAUUAUGAAGAUCUCCCAGAGCAGGUUGUUGAGCAGGCAAAACGUGGGAUUCUCAACAGCUUGGGCUGCGGACUGGGCUCCUCACAAGUCUCAUCAACGCAGAAAGUUCUUGGUUUGAUCAAGCAGGCUGAUCAAGCCAGUCUUCUUGGCCGAGUCGAGCGGGCAAGUGUGGAAGAUGCUGCUCUGCUCAACGGGAUUGCCCUUACAGCAGCCGAUUACGAUGACACGCACCUUCGAACGGUGAUCCACCCUUCCGGGACACCUCUUGCGGCGCUUUUCUCAUGGGCGGAGCACCAUCACUUAUCAGGCAAAGAGUUCUUGCUUGCCUUUGUCUGUGGAGUUGAAGCGCAAUGCGCUGUGGGGAAUGCGAUAUCGCCUGGGCACUACCGAGAUGGGUGGCACAUCACAGGCACGACUGGAUCAUUUGGCGCUGCGGCAUCUGUUGCAAAGGGACUAAAGCUUGAGCCACAGCGGUAUGCGGCCGCUCUUGGCCAUGCUUGCAGCAUGGCAGCGGGUAUCAGGGCAAUGUUCGGGACAGACACAAAGACAUUGCACAUGGGGAGAGCUGCACAAAACGGGAUUCUUGCAGCAAAUUUAGCAUCCCACGGAUUUGAAAGCUGUACCCGAUCUAUUGAAUCAUGGGCGAAGCUAGUAUCGUCGACGGUCGAUGAGCAGCUGAUAUCGACACUCACACAAGACAAGAAAUGGCAGAUCCUCGAGAACACUUUCAAGCCAUACCCGUGCGGAAUCGUCAUCCAUCCACUCAUAGAUGGCUGUUUGGAGGCAUUUUCAGAUGACAGGGCAAUCGCAGAAAAGCUGGAGGAGGUUGACGUAGUCGUGAAUCCCCAAUGCGUACGGCUCUGCUCGAUCAAGCAUCCCCAGUCCGGUCUCGAAACCAUUUUCUCGUUAUAUCACGGAUGCGCAGUCGCACUAGUCUAUGGGCAUGCUGGGCCCACACAGUUCUCGGAUCAGACUUGCAACGAUGUUGCGAUUGCUUCUGUGAGAGACAAGAUCAAGGUGACAACAGAUGAAGCAAUUCGCGACGAUGAAGCGCACUUGACGUUCACGUAUCGUGGUGAAUAUCAGAAGAAGAUUUAUGUCAAGCAUGCUACCGGAUCCUUAGCGAAGCCUAUGACAAAGUUGAGUCUCGAGGAGAAGUUCCUGGACCAAGCAGUACCAAUCCUCGGACAACAGAUAGCUCAAAAGGCGAUUGAAGCGUCUUGGGGCCUUGAAAAGGUGGAAGACAUGGCCGAUUUUGCUUGCUUAUUUAGUCAGGUACAUCGAAGCUAG